GARAAGCCUGCUAGAGAGAGUGGACAGAGCUUACAGUAAGAAGUACUAGGCUUAGACAAAGACAGAGAAAUGGUGCAGUUGUUGUGGGCUUCAUUAGUGUUGCUGAUGACAGUAAGGGAAUCAGUAUCACAGGAGGUGAACUGUUACAGCAGCAUUGAUUCUGGAAAUUGUGAUGAUCUCUGGCUACUGGGAGAAGUGACAAUGGAUGACUGUUGUCUUAACCCUCACUACGGAUACAUUGGAGCAGACGGAAAAUGCAAGUCUUGUGGCCCACCUUCAUGGUCUGAAUGGACUGCUUGGGGCCGCUGCUCUGUCUCCUGUAAGGAGGGAGUUUCGCAGAGACGACGAGAAUGCCAGGGACAGGGAAAAUGUGCUCAGACGACUAUCCGUACAGAGAUUCAGAAACUCGCAUUAGAGACCAAAGUCUGCAUUGAUUCAAGCUGUUGUCCAGAACAAGGCCAAUGGAGUAAGUGGGGUCAGUGGCAGCCCUGCUCAGUGACUUGUAAUAAGGGCGUAAGAAACAGAGUGAGGACAUGCACCGAACCCCAACCUAGAUGUGGAGGCAGCUGUGACGGUCCAAGUGAAGAGAAGGAACCAUGCGUGGUUGAUUCCAUCUGUCCAACUCAUGGUGGUUGGUCUAACUGGGACGGCUGGCAGCCAUGCUCAGGCACUUGUGGGGGGGAGAAUUUACCCAGACCUACACAGCGGCGCAACAGAUCAUGCAACGACCCACCACCGUCCUCAGUGCCUACUGGUGACGAAUGCCCUGGGUUAGGGAGCAACACUAGGACCUGUGAUGAGCUUCCUUUCUGUCCUGUGAAUGGUAACUGGGGACCGUGGGGCCCCCCUAGCUCCUGCUCCGUUACCUGUGGGGUGGGGAUUCAUGAAAUGAUCAGACAGUGUAACAACCCAGCCCCUAAACAUGGAGGUCUGCCCUGCUCUGGAUCCAAUAAAGACCAAAAAAUCUGCAAUACCAAAAACCAUUGCCCAGUGGAUGGUCAGUGGUCGCAGUGGGGGAGAUGGGAAGAAUGUAAAUCUAAUAGAGGAAAAAUUCGUUGUCGAAAAAUUGGUGGACAGCAAAGACGGCAAAGAUGGUGUGAACACACAGGUUUUGAUGGGAAGACGUGUGAAGGAAAGAUUACAGACUACAGGGCCUGCUAUGACAUUAAGUUAUGUGACUUUGAUGGUAAGUGGAGUGAAUGGAGUGAGUGGAGUCAGUGUGAGCCCCCCUGUGGAGAAGGAGCCAAAAGGACCAGAGAACGAAUGUGCAUACCUGAUCUGUCCAAAUAUGAUGAGACAGUAGGGUUUCAUAUUAAGGUUAAAGCAUACUUUGAUGGGACACCAUUUGCGAACUGUACACUGUUGAAGGACCCAAAACAAAGUCUGGCCUGUAUGAAUGUUCCUCCAUGUGACACAUAGAUUUUUUUCCGAAUCUUUUGACUGCUUUGAGGACUUAAGACAACUCAAUGUUCAACAACCAUCAAACCACAAGUCUGGAGGGGAAUACACAUUGUCAAUUUCUAGCAAUGUGAUUUCACUGCCUUUGGUCAUGUGUCUGUGCAGCCUUCAUGAACCAUCAGUAACACAAAGUAGUUUAUUAUGACUACACUUUUCAUAAUAGUGUAAUUUCCUGAAGAAAUAAAAACAUUGUUCACUUCCUUUCAGCUUAUUACUUUAGUCUAAGACAUUUUUUUAUGAGCUGGAGAGAUUAUGGCAAUUAAUGCAUACAAAUUUGGUGAAGUGUUUGACUUUAGGCAUUUGACCAAUUAUAUGAAUAUUUCUACUCAAAACCAAAAUGUAACAUUAUGCAAUAUUUACUGUAGUUAGACUGGUGUGAUGAGCAAUGCAGUGAAAUGGAUUGGUGGUGUGGAUGAUAAUGUGUUGAAAGUGCAGUGUAUGCCUCUGGUAGUUUUUUUUUUAUUCCUGUGUAUUAUUCAAACAUGUCUGGGAACUCCUGUAUUAUACGGGACACCAUACAGGAAAGUAUCAUAUUUGCACAUUCUUUAUUAGCAGAACACUACUUCCACAGUAUUAUGUGUAGUAUGGUUUAUUCUACAUGGAACUGUUACACUGGAAAGUUAUCAAAACACUUUGUUUAGAGUAUCUACAUAAGUUCAGCAAUUGCCCUCUUCUCAUAUUACUCUGUAGGCUACUUACCAGUGCAAAGCUUCCUCCUGAAGCUUUGAAUUGGUCAUUAGGCAGUAAUCUACAGAGUGGUACGAGAAGAGUGCCAUCCUCCUGCAUCUCACAUCUGCCUGUUGUUAUUGAACUAUGCUUGCUGGACCCAUGGGUUGAGGCAAACUGUCAUCCAGGAUGAAGUGUCAUGUACUCUACCCAUCCUGCCACCUGACUGCACCUGUCUAUAACCUGUAAUACAUGACAUACUAUAGAUUGAAGGGACUUCAUCACCCAUUGGAGACAGAACCUCACCCAGAGUGCUGUGCAUGUUAGUGUGUGGUUAAGACAGCUGAAGUUGUACUCUACACUCAACUUAGAAAAUAAAACUGUCUUUAUAAGCACACCAAUAUGAUA